CAGCCCCAAGGGUGUAGGAGCUUUACUCCGCACAUCUUCUCCCAAGUUCUCAUCAGUUCUGUAUGAGAUAUGAGUAUAUGGACUGCAGCCUGGAAAGCACAAGAAGGGUCUGGAGCCCCUGAUUCAUCCAAACCAGAGGGCUACGGCAAUGUCACAAGACCUUUGACCUUUCUUUAAGGAUUACACAGAAGCCCCCCCCCCCCCAGUCUCUAUGACGAUUGUUGUCUCUGAGAGGCCAGGGCUACACAGGGCGGUGUUGCUGUGCCUCACACUCCUAUCACCUGAGUCAGGGACUCUCCAGCCAGCCCGAGCCCCUCUGCUUCCUGAGCAACCCUUCCUGGUGCUGUGGGGCGUCCCCGAUGCCCUUUGCCAGGAGCGGCCAGACCCCAGCUCCUUCGGUAUGGUCACCGACACGGAGGGGGCCCUGAAGGGAGGAGGGGUCACCAUGUUCUACGAGGACAGCCUGGGGCUCUACCCCUACUUUGACUCCCAGAACAGGGCCGUGGCCGGGGGGCUGCCCCAGCAGACAAACCUGGAGAUGCACCUCCUCAAGUCAGAGGCCGACAUCCUCUCAGCCAUCCCCGCGCUGGAGUACCGUGGGCUGGGCGUCAUCAGAUGGGAGGAGUGGUGGCCCCAGUGGAGCCGCAACCGGGCCAAGAAGGAGAUCUACCAGGAGCAGUCGCGUGGCCUCCUGCAGCAGUUCUUCCCAGACUGGUCCCGGGCCGAGCUGGACCAGUGGGCCCAGGUGGAUUUCGAGGCGGCCGCCCAGGCAGUUCUGCUCGAGACCCUGCAGAACGCCCGCACGCUCAGACCCGACGGGCUCUGGGGGUUCCACCCGUACCCCGACUGCCACAACUCCCCCAGCCACACCAGCUGUUGCCCCGCCACAGAGAUGGCCCUGAACGACGAGCUGCUGUGGCUCUGGAAGAAGAGCUCGGCGCUCUACCCCUCCCUGCAGCUGGACAAGGCGCUGAGCGGCACGGAGGGGACACGGCUCUACACCUCCAAUCAGAUCAGGGAGGCCCUGCGCGUGGGGGCGCUGGCCGGGGGCGCACACGACCUGCCCGUCUUCCCGUUUGUCAGGAGCGUCUACACCGCCACCAACUCCUUCCUGUCACAGGCAGACCUUGUGUACUCCGUUGGGGAGAGCGCGGCUAUGGGAGCAGCCGGAAUCGUGAUUUGGGAAAAGUUCUUCCCGACCAAAAACCAGAGAGGAUGCUGGGACCUGGCGGACUUCGUCAGGCGGACGCUGGGCCCGUACGUGGUGAACGUGACGACAGCAGCGCGGCUCUGUGGAGAGGCUCUGUGUGGCAGCAGGGGGCGCUGUGUGCGGAAAGACCUUGCAAAGCCUGUCUACCUGCACCUGCCCCCCGCCAGCUACCAGCUGCUGCCCGACACCAACAUGAGCAGAGGAGGAGGGGGGGUGUCCGCCCAGGGCCAGCUGCAGCCCGGAGACCUGGAGGCAUGGAGAGAGAGAUUCAAGUGCCAGUGGUUUCAGGGGAUGGAAGAGGGGCCGCCAGCUGACGACGGGGUGGUGGUCAAAACAGGGGUCAAUACAGGGGUCAAAACAGAGGUCAACAGAGGGGUCGGCACAGGGGUAAAGGCAAAACCCACCCCUGCCAGCAACUCUCCAGACAGCAUUAAGAUGCCUGCUGUGCUGAUCACCUCCCUGACUGUCAUCGCCACGCACUGGCUCCGGGAAACCUCUUCAGUUAAUUAA